AUGUCUCAUGGCAGUGGGCAUCUUCACAGCUCUGCCGCUUCAUUGGCUGCGCCAAACCAAGCAAACAAAGCGGUCGGUGGUGCUGGUGCCAACAACAAGGAGUUCAAGAAGCACAACAACAUCUUUAGUAGAGUAUACGAAGAGAUGCAACCAUUGCUUGCUCCAAAUCUAUCUGCAUCAAAGAAGAAACUACCAUUAUCAAAGACAACAUCGACACCAAUCAAGUUGAUUGAUCAGACAUCAACAUUCAAACCACAGGUGAUAUGUGGAGCACAGCUCUCUGUUUGGCAUGAUACUGCUGGCCCAGUGAUUGAACAGCUGUGGACAGUUCCAGGCGAUGAUGAGGAUGGACAACUUAGUGUUUCAAAUGAGUUCCAAGCAUUCAUGGCACGACAGACACUUUGCGGUCUCGACACAAAGAUCGUAUCAGAGGAGAUGCGUUUCAACAUAUACCCAGAGCAGGGAUUCAUGAUACCAUCGAUCAUCUUCAAUGCCAAGUACCACGAGAAGAUCACAAAGUUUGCCCUGUCCAUCUAUCUCGACAUCACCAAACUACACAUCUAUCAACAUUGCCACGACUUUAUCUCUGACAGGAUGUCACUUCUAGCGUCAAUCAUACUCACAAACUAUUGCAACAGUAAUUAUGAUCUAACCAAGUUUACACCAGAGUUACUAUUGGUCUGUGUCAACAUUGAUAAAGUGUUCUCUUCAUCCUAUCCAACGACGGACAUAUCACAGACAUUCUUCAUCGAGUCACAUCCUCCAGCGCAACCAGAGUAUGACUUUAUCGUCAAAGCAAUCACAUCACAUAUGCAUACAGGUGGAUCGACAGUUGUAAUUGGAAGCAAUGAUAAGGUGAUUCUCAAAUGGUUGGAUACACUCUACUUGUUCCUGACGCCAAACGAGAGGAAUGUAUCAUCAAGAGUGCUGUCACACGAGUUUGUACCAGAUCUCAUCAUACAGGGCAUACUGGACGUGUCACUAAAGACACUGGAGGAGAGGAUACCCUACUCCCUGCGACCAUCCACUGUCAUUGACACUGACAGGAAUGAAGUAUAUCAGACAGAGAUUCAAUAUCAAUAUACAUGCUAUCGCGAUGACUUUCUUGUCGCAACUGCAAUAUUUAAGAAACAACUGCCGCCAGAGAAGGAGACAAAGAUAUUGUGCACCUUCACUCAACCGUCAGUCUACGUCAGACAGAUGCUCAACGAAGUGUUUAGCCUACCCCUUAACUAUAGAGAAAUCUACCUUGUACAUUACAUGAGGCUAUUACUAAGGAAAGCAUCAUUUGUCGUUUCAUUCACUCAAUCCAUCAACUCAAACUUAGGUAUAAACUACGCCAAGAAGGUAAAGUCAGAGCUCAACCUUCCAAGCGAGAGUGAUGUCUAUCUGCUCUUUGGCAUUGCAGAGAAGUUGCAGUUGAACUUGUUCAUGUCUGCCAUCAAACUGGAACAGAUAGAGAAAGUGUUCCAGGUCUUUGAAAGCUUCUGA